UCGAACAGGUAAAUAAAGAGUCAUAAAUUGUAUGUCACAACAUGGACUUUCCACCUUUCCAUUUUACGUUUAACUUUGUUUUGUUUAUUAAUAAUUUUUCAGAUUAUGUUCUUGCAGAAAGCUGUACAACUUUAUUUUGGAAUAGUUCGUCAUCUCAGUAUAAGAUAAUUUAUCUUUACUGUUCAAGCGGAUGCUGUGAAGAAAAUCAUUCGCAGUUUUGUUGUUCGUCAGAAGACUUUAAAAAUGCAUUUUCGACAGGACAAAUAUUUGGGAUAGCAUUUGGUGUUAUAAUUAGCACAACUGUUUUCCUUGGAUGUUGUAUAUGUGUAAUAAAACUGUGUAUAAUACCAAGUAUUCGCCAAAAUCGACGAAGUCAAAAUUCAAGGCAAGAAACAGAGCUGAAUAACAUGACACAACACAAUGACAUUGCUAUUAUAUCUGGAACGAACUCUUUACCUAAAUACGAAGAUUUGCCUCCUUCAUACGAAGAUGUUAUCCAAGGCAGAGUUAAUUUAUCCUUUAUCAAAGAAGAAGCCAGUCCAGGUCAGACAACAGCAAGUGAAAAUUUAAAUACUCCGAAUUCAUGAUAUGUUGAAAGCAAGUAGGACGCAAAGGUCACCAAAUUCAUUUCUCAUAUGACAAUGCUUUCAGAAGAGCGUUACAUUUGUUUGAUUCUGGUUAUACAUGUAUUCAGAGGAUUUUCGAAAUGACAUAUGGACAUCGAUCUAUGUUUUCAGAAGAGUAUCACGUGUGCCUUAUUCUGGUUAUGUUCCGAGGAUUUCCGAAGUGAAAUUUCCGAAAGGAUAUUGAAAUCGAUCUAUGCUGCCAUGAAUGGAAAAUUUUUAAGUGACUAGUUAUGACUUUUAUAUUUGUAUUUUUAUAUUCAUCAUAGAUAUAGAAAAUUGACAUGGUACGGUUAUCUUAGCCGACCGUGCGAGUGCUGUACAGCCAGUCAAGGUCGUUAAACACUUCCAUCAUCAACGAUUAUCUUUGAUACCAAGUCAUUUCCCAUCUGAAAUGGAUGGUGGGGUAUAUGCACUCUUACCUCAAUAUUUUGUUUAUAUAUAAUUUAUUCUAUAAAGUUGAAUAUUGAUGUUUGAAGAUUUGUUUUGAUGUCAGUUGUCUACCAUGGUUAAUAGCCAGUAUUGACUAAACAGCAAAAAUAACAUGCUAAGGAUAAGUACUAAGCAGAUCAUGUUACAUUUUGUUUUCAAGAGUAUUUGUUUUAUAGAUUUAUACAGUUUUGUAUUGCAUGUGUUUUGUGAUCAAUAAAAUCAUGUUUAAGAUUUUAA